GUUGCUAAUCUACGAUUUUCCUCCUUCACAGUUUGGAGAGUUCAGAUAAGCCACAGGGACUGGCUGAACCCAGUCAGGUGUUGAGAGCAAUGUCACAGCAGUUCCUCUACCGUGCUUUGGUGUCAGCGAAAUGGGUGUCAGAAGCCAUCAAGUCCCCACAGCCUGGGCUGGCUGUGAGGCUCCUAGAUGCAUCCUGGUACCUCCCGAAAAUGAAGCGUGAUCCCCGGCGGGAAUUUGAGGAGCGCCAUAUCCCCGGGGCAGCCUUCUUUGACAUUGACCAGUGCAGUGACCGUACCUCGCCAUAUGACCAUAUGUUGCCCAGUACAGAUGACUUUUCAGAGUAUGUGGGCAAGUUGGGUGUGGGGAAUGACUCUCACGUGGUUGUGUAUGAUGGCAGUGAUCAGGGUCUCUUCUCUGCUCCCCGGGUCUGGUGGAUGUUCCGGGCCUUUGGGCAUGAUGCUGUUUCCCUUCUGGAUGGUGGCCUGAAGAAUUGGCAGCGAGAGGGGUAUCCGCUGAGCUCUGGCAAGAGUCGGACAGCUCCUGCUGAGUUCCACGCCUCUCUAGACAAAUCGCUGGUGAAGAGCCAUGAGGACAUAAAGAAGAACAUAGAAUCACGUCGUUUCCAACUGGUGGAUGCUCGCUCUGCUGGGCGAUUCAGGGGGAUAGAGAUGGAACCUAGAGAUGGAAUUGAGCCUGGUCACAUCCCAGGUUCCCUGAACAUUCCCUUUGUGGAUUUCCUCACAGAGGCUGGCUUCGAAAAGACCCCUGAGGAGAUCCACAAUUUGUUCCAGGAGAAGAAGGUGGAGCUCUCAAAGCCACUGGUAGCCACAUGUGGCUCUGGAGUCACUGCCUGCCAUGUGGCCCUGGGGGCAUACCUCUGUGGCAAACCAGAUGUGGCCAUCUAUGAUGGUGCCUGGGUGGAGUGGUUCAUGCGUGCAGAGCCUGAAGAUGUCAUAUCAGAGGGGAUGGGGAAGAUUGUGUAAUGUGCCCAUUCCUGUCCCUACCAUGCAAACACAUUGCCUUAGAACAGGAUUUGUAAGAGAUAUUCUUAACCUUUUCCAAUUUUUUAAAUCAUAUUGCCAUCUAGUACAAGUCUUGGGUUACAAAUCUAAA